CCGAGCCGGGCCGGGCAGAGCGGCGGAGGGAGGCCGGGCGGGCGGCGUGGGCCGCGGCGCUGGCGCCAUGGAGCUGGCAGGAGCCCUGCAGCUCGGUGAGCUGGCGGCCGCCUUCGCCGCUCUGCCCGUCUUCCCGCUGUUCGAUACGGCCUACUUCAUCGUCUCCGUCCUCUACCUCAAGUACGAGCCAGGAGCUGUGGAGAUGUCCCGCAAGAGCCCUUUUGCCUCCUGGCUCUGUGCCAUGCUGCACUGCUUUGGAAGUUACAUCCUUGCUGACCUGUUGCUUGGAGAGCCACCUAUUGAUUACUUCAGUAACAACUCCAGUGUCAUCCUGGCCACAGCAGUGUGGUAUUUGAUCUUCUUCUGCCCCAUGAACCUCUUCUACAAGUGUGUCAGCUUCCUGCCCAUGAAGCUCAUCUUUGUGGCAAUGAAGGAGGUGGUCAGAGUUCGCAAAAUUGCAGCUGGGGUCCACCACGCUCAUCACCUUUACCACCAUGGCUGGUUCAUUAUGAUGGCUACUGGAUGGGUGAAAGGUUCUGGUGUUGCCUUGAUGUCGAACUUUGAGCAACUGCUGCGUGGGGUCUGGAAGCCAGAAACAAACGAGAUUCUUCAUAUGUCCUUCCCUACAAAAGCUAGUCUGUAUGGCACAGUCCUCUUCACUCUGCAACAAACUCACUGGCUGCCGGUCUCUGAAGCCAACCUCAUCUUCUUUUUCACCAUGUUCAUGAUAGUUUGCAAGGUUUUCAUGACAGCGACUCACUCUCACGCCUCACCUUUUGCUCCCGUGGAAAACUUCAUCUGCCCAGUUUUAUUUGGCACUGUUUCCAGUGGACACACUGGUCAUCAUCACGAUCAGCAUGGGGCCUCCCAUGAGGUUUCCCAUCCUCCACCUCCUCCUGCAAAGUCAAAAGAGGAGCUAAAUGAAGGCACAAGGAAACGGAAAGCAAAAAAAGCCGAAUAAAAAAGCAACCACGCAGUAAAUAGGCCAAGAAAAUUCUUCCAGAGCUGAGUCUCAAAGACACCUGUGACCUCCUCUGACCUCCAGUCCUUCUCUCUCAGCCUCCAGAGGAGAGGUAGAAGUCAGGACGCUGCCAGGCGGGUCCCUGAAUUUCAUUUAUGCUCUCUGCGCUGCUGCUUGCUUCUUAGUGUCUGUCUUUCUAUUCUCAUCAUUUCAGGGAUUUGUAGGUUUGUGCCAGGAUAAGUGGAUGCCAGUUCCCAAGCUGUCAGCAAUUACGAUGCAGCAUUUUCAAGUGUUGUAAAAUCUCACUGUGUUGUGUUUAUGAGUGGAGGCAAUGGUGUGUGCUCUGGCAACUCAUAAGUUCCUUUGAGCUUUCACUGACCUUUUUGAUGUCUACCAAAGCAACAAACUGUUCAGAUGCAAUCAAUGUGGAAACUGGAUUUCAUACUUGAGGAAAUUAAGUGGUCUCAUAAGACCCUGAUGUAAUUUUUCCCAGCUCCCACAUCUGCCAUAUCUCCAAUUAAUGUGCCAUUGCAUCUGCAAUCAGGACACUGACUCUGGUGUUCUGGCCAAACGCCGCUUCUCUCAAGUUUCUUCUGAUUCUUAAUGAAUAGAACAUUGUCACUUUCUUCACUGAAUCUGUGUUUGCAAGAGUUUUGAAGCUGUGAAAUGCUCUGAGUGCUAUGUAUUGGGAUGUUAUUAUUCUAAACUGUUGUGUAGCAUUGCUGCACAUUGCUAAUAAUAGUGUGUCCCACCUCAGCCUCAUCGUAUUUAACUAGGGGAGAAGCAUGGCUCUGGUUUGUUUGUAAUCUUGUGGGAUACAAGAAGGGCAUGUAAGUGUAAAUAAGUAUUUAUUACUAUUUAUUUAUCAUGGCCAAGGCACCUAAUUCAUGGUCCCAAAACUGGCUUUAUAAAAAACAUUGCACAGAGAGUUGGAUACUUGUGAGUAUGGUCCCACAGCUACACGCUGGUCUGUGCAGUGAUUUCUGGUGUGCCAAAGGACAGCUGAAUGCUCUCACUGAGUGCAGGAGGGAACUUUUCCUGUAUUCUGAAGAUAUAAAGGCUGAAGAAGCGGAUUUCAUACCAGCUGAUUAAAACUUCCAUAAAGGACUGAUAAAAGCACACCAGCAGAACACAGCAAUUAUCCUUUAUAGGUCCCUUUUGGCCAAGCUACUGGUCUGUGAAAGCAGCUUGUGCCUAAUGAGUGAAGAAGAACAUGAAAGCCUUGCAUGGCUCAGGGAGGAUGUCAGUUCAUUCAUAUGCUGCUUAGUGAGUACUGGCUUUUAGACUAGUUUUAAGCUGUUCUUGUAACUGAUUUUGAUCUUAAGGGUGUCAUCACCCAAGGGCUGAGAUCACUGCAGUGCAAAGCCACGUGGUGAUGUAGCACUGGGCUUGCAGUUAAGCAGCACGUUGCCAUUCCUAGCAAUAAGGUUUGCUGCUGUCAUCUUGCACCUGGGACUGAAGCAAAGCAUUUGGGUUUUUUUCUGUUCAAACAUUGAAACUGACGGUUGAUUAAAAAUCCUUUCAAAGAGCUUUGUGUACAACAGCUGAAAGCAGUGAAAUGAGGAAAUGAUUUGUGGGCUUGGGUUACGACAGUGCCUUAACUUUGUGGGUUUCCCUCUACUUCAGGAAAACAGGAAUUGUACCUGUCAACUCAAAACUGUCUGGUUUUGCAGAUAGCGACCUGCUGAAACCUGCUGUGUCACUAGUGUGCACGGGGCUGGUUAUGAGAUGGCUGAUUCCAGGGGAGUUUUGUGUUCUAAAAGCCGUCAACAAAUAAAAAUGGUGAAGUGA